GGGUUCGUCGUUAUUAGAAGGAGGUAUAUACUAUACACUAGUUAAUAAUGGAAACGACCGCUCGGCUCCAGCAGUUGAAACCCCAACAGAGCGUCAUGUCGCACGUCACGGUCACCGAGAGUGAUGCCGAGUUUGCGAUCCUGAAUCUGGAUUGCACCGAAGGCUUGGAGAGCUCGGUGACCAAGAUCCUGGUGGCCAUCGAGGAGAUGUUCUGCAGUUACUUUGAGGACCUCAAAAAGGAGCUGGAACUGCAGAGGAUGGCGGCACUGACCUUGAACCAGCUGAGCCAGCGCUACAGGAUCAACACGAAGGUGGACACGAGCUGCACGUGUCCGCAGAUCUAUGAGAUCGAAUCGGAUGAUGCGAUCAUCAACAAAUACUACAUCUACUACCAGGUGAUAGCCUGUUCCAACAAUAACCAGGGUUGGGUCAUCCACAACAUGCGCCCCUAUAUACUCCUCUUUCGUCGAGAGUGCGCCAAGUUGGAUCUGAGCGAGGAUAGUCCCUUCAUCAUGGGUGACGCCUUCCACAAGCCAAUCAAGUUCUUCAUCGACUUGGUGGAGGAGCUCUUCGCCUACUUCUACAGUGGUCACGUGCAGUUUGACUGCGCUGCCUACAUGUUGGAUCCCCUGGACCUAAACAGCAUCAAGUACUACCAGAAGCUAUUGGAACCCAAUGAGGACUUCGCGCAUUACUUCAAGUACAACAUGAGCUUCUGCAAGUGCUUGCGGAUGCCGCGCCGGUGUCCUGCCCACGAGUAUCCGCAGGUGAAAGAGGACUUUAACGCCACCUUUGUUAAUCAGGCCAAGAAGAAGCGGUGUGCCAGGCGGUGCGAGAAAAUGGCCGAGCCCGAGAACAAUUUACUGGAUCGAAAGAAGUCCAUAGUUAGACUCCAACGUCCCAGCAAGAUGUCUGGCAUAAGCACCGGUAUGGAAACAGAGCUGGACAACGAAAGGGAACUGAAGAGAUCCAUCUCUAAACACCAACGUCGCAGUGAGAGGUCUAUAAUAAGUAUUACUAAGGAAAAUUACCAUAUUCCUUUUCCCGACGACCGACACGAGCUAACUGUUAAGGAUUCAGUAAUCAGAUGGUCGAGGAACCCACAAAUUCUCAAUAUGGAUGUAUCAUAAGCUUUUAUAUUUUGUAUACAGUUACGUUUAUUUUAUAUGAGGUGUAUAGAUUUUUAUAAAUUGUCUACUGAGUUCCCCA